CUCCUGACUACUCCCUACAAAACCAAUCCUGCACUGCUUCCGAGUCGGAAUGUCAGACAUUCCGAUGCGGCAUUUUCAGUUGGUCAGAACAAAGCCCUCCCUAUAUGUCCCGGCUUAGAUCCUGUUGCAACCGGUUCCUUGUCCUACAUUGCCCGAAGUGGACCUGCCGAGUCGGGGAGGAGGGCAUGUGCUUUAUUCACACUUCUGUGACCAUUAUUCAGUGUAUACCCCAGUUAUUCAUAAGGUCCUUUCCUCUGUCUGGAGACUCCGCAGUUCGGAUGCGGGGUACAGUAGUUCAAAGGAUUGUUUCUUGGUUCUGUCCGGUGACUCUUUUUUUCCGAUGUCACGGGAUUCUGACCAUGUGGUCUGGUGUAGUCACGCCCAGUAUAACUGUAGAAUCAUCCUGACCACUCGUCGCACUUCGCCCAGACCGGUUCUUUGAUCCAAGGACCCCAUCAAUAUUUGUCCACC